AUGCUCGUAUUUGUGUUGCAGUCUCGGCUUGAAGGCUAUUACAAAGAAGAAUUAGAUCUAACAGCUGUCAAGAAAUUGUAUUUGGAGAAGUUCGGUGAAUUCUCGUUCAAAGAGAUCGGAAAAAACACUGAAGUUUACUUCAACCAUUUGUCAGGUGACAAAUAUGAAUUGGCCGCCCUUAACCCGAACCAAGUGAAGCGGAUUCGAAGGCUAUUGUUGUGGCACUUGGAUUACAAUUUGCACAAUAAAAAUUACUUGCAUUUACCUGGGAAGGAUUCUCUUUCUUGUUCUGCAUUGCUCCCAUACAGCAAUGACUAUUCAAUGUCAUGGAAAGACAGAUUCAAGCCUCAUUUUGUGUUGAGGAAGGACACUCUGAUUGAUACAAGCAAUACGGAAUUGAAAAAUGAACUUGAGAAAUUUUCUGAUGAGCUGCUCGCAAAGUUUGAUAACGUUUUGGAUGAUCUUGAUGAUUCUAAAGAGAGUGAUAUUUUGCCAGACCCAAGUUUGAAUCAAAAAACAAUCGAGCUUUUGGAAAGUUUGGGUUUAAUGAAGCCUGAGGAUAACACGGAAAGCACAAUUGGUAUUGAUAAGAAACCCUAUCGUGGAAUUCCAUUGUUGAGCGCUGACCAGAGGAAGGACAUUUUCAAUGAGCUCACAGACUUUGGUUACACAAAACAGUUAAUUGGUUUGGAAAGUGAACGCUUAGAACCUCCUGUAUUUACAGUGACCUUGGGUAAUGUUUUAUUUCAAACAGAUAGUGAUCAAAUAUCUUCCUUGCUCUGUCCCUCGACGAAAGACAUAAGAGACUAUCCUUACAGUUUCAGCACAAAUGCCCCACUUGUAUUUGAUGAGGUUCUUUCUAGAUGUGAACCAUAUGAAGGACUCUCUCUGUUGGAAGAGGAUCCCCAUGUAUACAGCUUGCAAUUCAAAUUCACGCCAUCACCGUUUGUUGAAGAAUUUACAGACGAGAACUUGAAGCGCGAUUUGAACGAACAGGUAAAAUAUCCACCAAUCGAGCUUUGGAUGCAGCUUAAUGACAAAUCUAUUCCUGAUAUCGAAAGCCUUCAGGCUGUGACAGUCGAAAGUGAGAAUAACAGCUAUGUAUGCUGUCCGCAAGCCAAUGCAGACAUGAAGGUGAGUUGUCAGGUUACUGGGCAAAUAUUACUGGACGAUGUAGAGCAAACCGCUGAGGCUCAUGAUAUUGGAGAAUUAUUGCUGUCCACCACGUCUAAGUACAAUAGGCUUGAAAGUCAGCCGGGACUUCGGGAAUUUUUAGAAAAUUCCGAGCUCGAUUUUAGUGGACGCAAAUCCACUUCUAUUGCUCCGUUCUGUGAUUUCAUUAUCAACGGCCAAAAGGUACGCUACAAUUACGUCAACGUCAGUUACAGGCGUGAACUCACGUUGAAAACUAGUGAGGACAAAUUGGUCCAAUUGAGCGUGGUAGACGGGGGUCUGUUGGGAGGAAGAAGAUUGGAGGCUCGAUUCAUUGGUUUGGAUGGAGAAAGGAGCAGUUUCGACAAGCUUCUUGACUACGUGGAGCGGUUUGUGACUGCGGUGUAG